AUGCCCCCUCCCUUGCUGGAUGCAUCUGGCGAUGCGUCAAACGCGUCAAUUCUCACGUUAUGGGCCAAUUUUUCCAACAGCCUGACUUUGUUGACAACAGUGCCCUCCGUGAAUGACUUUCUGAAGGCUACGGAUGGCCCUUUUGCCCAUCUGAGGAGCCUGGUUGGACAACACACUUCCACGAAAGAUAUGCCACAGUUCCAACCCCUUGCCUCCCUUGAGGAUGUUGUAAAGAACAUUGUGCAAGAGCUAUGGGGGCACACCUCCGUCAAGGCAGUCAGAGGUAUUGGGAAUAUACUUGAUGAAGCAUCCGUGAUAGACGACCUCAGCUUUGAAGGUGCAUUAUUUUCCUCACUGCUCAAACUGUUUAGAAGCUCUCAACACUGUGCAGUUUUCAUGGAGACGUGUAUGGCCGCAUAUUCCCAGAAAAGGGGGAAGUCCCCCCAAGAAGUAAUGAAGAAGUUCCGCUCUCAUAACACGACUGAUACAGGCCAAACCACUUGGCAGACAUGGCUUAAGCUUCACCAUAGGUUAACAAUAUGCUCACAGCUCAUCUUAGAGACUAAUCAUUUCUCAGCGGGACUCGAUAGCCAAGAUGCAGCAAGCCUCCGCAAGUCAGAGCAUCUGGAAAUCGAGGAGAAGUAUCCAGACAGGGCGGACAAAACGAAAGCCUUUUAUGACAAAGUUCUCAUGCAUUACGGAGACAUUAUUUUGUCUAAGGAUGAAAGAGAGACCCAACCUAAUGAAAGUCUCCACCUGCUUCAGAAAAUGACAGGAAAAUAUCCAGCACAGUUCCACCCAUCCCAUUGGCAUCACUGUAGUGGGAUUGUAGCGGAUGAGACCGUCCCCCCGGAACAGUCCACAGUAGCUUUCACCAGCUCACCGAUUAUGGCAGAAAUGGUGAAGGCUAUGGGUCUGCCACUCACUGAGGAUGCAGCCCUUGCCAUAAGGAAUCUGUAUGAUGGCAUAAAGGCUUUCAGCCCAUACCAACCCGAUAUCAGCAAACAGAGAAGCUUCCUUCAUCAUCUUCGUGCCUUCACGAACCCGGACAAGUCCAACAAUGAGGAGUUUGGCGCAUCAGGCUUGAUGAAGUCUGUUGUAGCAACUGCCAGGCAAAGUGUCCAUUUCCAUGAUAGCCUGGACAAAUACCUUACGGUGAAGACGGAGGCCAUGGACGAAAACGACAUCGAUUAUCAUACACCGAUAUUGAAAAGGAAAGACAGCCUUGCCAUGGCAGACAAGUCAUAUGGCCCACAUAGCCGACGCUGCACUGAGGCUGCUGUGCGGCUUAAAACAAUGAUAUGUACAUCCUACUUUGACAGAGCACUUCACAUUGCCUAUCUGAUAUCUGGUCAUCAUCUCCGUUUUGCCGGCUGGCAUCGCGGCGUCCGACAUUUGAACGAGUCGCUCCCCCGUGAUUGGACCCCACAUGAGUCUGCUCGGGGUAUGAUGCAGCUCUACCACUCCGACCCUGAACAGAAAUUGAGAAUCGAGACAAUGACAGAAGAGGAGUAUGAGAAGCGUGAGGCGAGGAGGGCAGUUGCCAAAGCUGCGCUCACCGUGGCACGACCUAGGAAAUGCAAGGCAGACUUACCAGACUCACUGGAGGGGAAUACGGUCGGAGACGGUAAGAUAGAGUCUCCAUCUCCCAAGCGAGUUAGGAAGAAGUCCAAAGCCACCCGCACGCAUGCUCCAGCAAAGGCCAAGCCUCCUCGCAUGGUUCCUGGGAACAACAGUCAGGUGAAUGAAGCUAGACUGCCACAGAAUAAGGCGGCAGGACCACAGGGUGAUGACAUGGUAUCGGGGACACCGGAUAAUAACUCACCUGUAUCCAGCGGGUCAUUGUCACCGAUACUCCCUUCAAAAAUAGAGCUGCUCAACCUGCCCACGUUCUCACUGGAAGUACGCUCCAGAUCCCAACCAGAAUGCAAGCCGCAACUUACUGACAUCCCACAAAAUGAUGUCUUCACGGAACAAACCAGCAAAAUGGUUCCAGAAUCGCAUACCUCAAUGGUUAUCCCUCCUAUUAAGUUGAUUCAUCCAACCCCCAACAGCACUCCAGCUAGAGGGCAAUCGAUGUCAGGAUCGAAUAAUAAUGGGAUUACGUAUCUCACUGUGAACGAAGGGCCAACACCCUGGGCACGCUCAGAGACGCCAUCUUCCACAACAAGCACAGGUGGUGAGCCUGCCACCUUUGACACCUUGUUCAAAUGUGCACGACACUCAGUGUGGCAAGCUGCACUGAAAAUUCUGCCAGCGGUUUGUUUGGAGGCGCUAUUGAAAGAAAAUGUCAAAUGCUUGGUGGAGAUCGACAUCAUUAAACUGCACAUCGACAAGAAGGUACCACCUCCUGAAACCUUGGACACAGCUCAGCACUGGGAAAUCGCUAGGGACGUUGGAGAUGAGCUUCGUGGUAAAGGUGCCGAUGUAGGAAGACUUGCUGGGGACAUGGCAAAAUUGCUUGAUACUGACGAAGUUAGUGAUGAGAAAGAUGAUGACUUAAAACCUCAGGCCUGUGACUCUCUGGCCAUCUUCAUCUGUCUUGGACCCAUCGGAGUAGACGAAGAGGAAGUCCGGGUCGUCUUCGUGUUCCAUGACGAACUCCAAGUGAUCAUCGUUCCAGGGGAUGGACCUGGGAUGUUCUCCGGGACGUAG